GUUCGGCCCGCGUGAGAUCCGGGCUGAGUCGGCGAUGGUGAGGAGGUACAACGCCAGCACCGGGGCAGCGCCUUUCGACUCCCUGCAGGUGGCUGACAUCGGGGACGUGAACGUGAACCUCUACAACCUGCCCGACAGCUGCCGCCUCAUCCGAGAGUCCUACCAGAAGAUAGCGGCCUCCGGCUGCGUGCCCCUCACCUUGGGUGGAGAUCACACCAUAACUUACCCCAUCCUGCAGGCCGUGGCAGAAAAGCACGGUCCCGUGGGACUGGUGCACGUGGAUGCUCACACCGACACCGGAGACACGGCCCUCGGGGAGAAGAUCUACCACGGGACCCCGUUCCGGCGCUGCGUGGAGGAAGGGCUGCUGGACUGCAGCCGCGUGGUCCAGAUCGGCAUCCGAGGCUCCUCCUAUGACCCCGAUCCUUACAAGUACUGCCGGGACCGGGGCUUCCGGGUGGUCCCGGCUGAAGAGUGCUGGAGGAAGUCCCUGGUGCCGCUGAUGGGAGAGGUGAGGAAGCAGAUGGGGGACAAGCCGGUGUACAUCAGUUUCGAUAUCGAUGGAUUAGAUCCCGCGUACGCCCCGGGCACCGGCACGCCGGAGAUAGCCGGGCUUACGCCUGCGCAGGCGUUGGAGAUUAUUCGUGGCUGCAAAGGACUGAACGUCGUGGGAUGUGACCUUGUAGAAGUGGCGCCGACGUACGACGUCUCUGGUAACACAGCCCUCCUGGGGGCAAACCUGCUGUUCGAGAUGCUGUGCGUUCUCCCCAGGGUGAAGACACCGUUUUCGGUGAACGGCCGAGCGGAGGCCGUCAGCCACGGGCAAGCUGCUGCCCGCCGCGCUCG